ACAAGUUUCUUUUGGCACAAGAUAAGUGGAAAUACGAGUCUCGCAGCCGGAAGCUACACAAAACUAAGAGCUCCUCCCUGAGCAGAACGGCACCCAGGGGCAAGGUGCAAUAACACAGUUUUAUACUUCAUAUAAGCACCCAGCCUGUCCCACACUGAGCCUACCGGCCAUUAGAACCAUGGAGAAAAUAGCCAGUACCUUCAACAAGCCCAAGGUGCAGCUCCACAUCCAUCUUGAUGCUGCCAUGAAGCCGGAAACUGUUCUGUACUUUGCCAAAAAAAAGCAGAUGCAUUUGCCAGGAAUCGAAAGCGUUGAAGAUCUCAAGAAGAAGGUUGUUUGCACCCAAGCAGGAAGCCUGACGGAGUUUCUCUCCAAGUUUGAGAUCUUCAUGCCCCCUGUUGCAGGUGACCGAGAAGCAGUUAAAAGAAUUGCAUAUGAAUUUGUUGAGAUGGAAGCCAAACAAGGAGUCAUUUACUGUGAAGUCCGGUACAGCCCUCAACUUUUUGCCAACUGCAAAGUGGAUCCUAUUCCAUGGGGACAAAAAGAAGGCGACCUCUCUCCAGAUGAAGUGGUGGAUCUUGUUAACCAAGGGCUCAAGGAAGGAGAAAAGGAUUUCAACAUCAAAGUCAAGUCAAUUCUGUGCUGCCUACGGCACAUGCCAAACUGGUCGUUUGAUGUGGUGGAGCUGUGCAAGAAGUACCACAAUGAUAGCGUAGUCGGAAUCGAUCUGGCAGGAGAUGAAGGUUUGAAAAGUGAGACGUUCCCAGGGCACCUGAAAGCUUUCCAGGAGGCUGUAAGAUGUGGAAUUCACAGAACUGUACAUGCUGGGGAGGCCGGCCUGCCUUCAGUGGUCAAAGAGGCGGUGCAAAUGCUAAAGGCAGAGAGAAUUGGCCAUGGCUAUCACACAAUACAGGACCCAACCCUGUAUAAGAGAUUGCUAGACAUGGAUAUGCAUUUUGAGAUGUGCCCCUAUUGCAGUUACAUAACUGGGGCCUGUGACCCUGAUUUCACAAAACAUCCAUUGAUCCAAUUCAAGAAAGAUGGAGCUAAUUACUCAUUAAGCAGUGAUGGGCCCCUCCCCAUCGGCAUGACCCUUCAAUAUGACUACGCUCUUGCUGAAACGUACAUGGGGUUUACUGAAAAAGAUUUUAUGCAUGCGAACAUUAAUGCCGCUCGUUCCUGCUUCCUUCCGGAGGAUGAGAAGAAGGAGCUGUUGGAGAGGUUAUACGCUGCCUAUGGGAUGGCUGGUCUGUAGCUCGGCCCACGUCUAUGAGAAGCACCGAUAUUUUAUGUCUCUUCAAUUAUGUGCCCAAAAUCACUUUUGUACUUGAAACAGAAAUCAGAGAAAUCUAUAACACUAAAUAAAGUGCUGAGGAGUUUCCUACA